AAUCCUUAAAGAGUUCAUUGUCAUGUUAGAAAUAUCUUGUAUUAUUUGAAGUUGAUUAAGUUGAGGUUUACAUUAGUCUAAUAAGUAAAAUUCCACACAUUCAGGAGGAUAAGUCAGUAAUAUCAAACAAACGAGGGCAUUCAUAUAUUACAAACCUGCUUAAUUUUUUUUUUAAUAUAAGCUACCUCCUUCUUUAUAUAAACAAAAAUAGCACGAAAUUAGCUUGUGGAUUUAAAACAUAACUUUAACAUGGAAACAUGGUUGAACUGAUAGAAAAGUAAAAUCUACCGGAAGUGGAGUACACCACUGAUAUUUUGGAGAGAGAGAGAGAGAGAACCAAUGGAACGUUAAAAAGAACUACAAUUACAAUGUAAUGUUAAAAAACUACAACUCCCGGUAUCAUCUCCUCAGUCAGGCAGCUUUUGGCGGGUUUUUACGUUAGCGUCGGCCAUUUUUUUUUUUUUUUUUUUACAAUUCUUUCAAAGCUAGCCAACCAGCUACGGGUUCAAACACGAACAAUUGUGCCAGACUUUUCAUUCAAAACGUCAGCGAGUAAUUCCGGAAGGUAGUAUAUUUUACGUUUGGAUUUACUUAACAACUUUCACCGGUUUGUUCUGUUAUAGGAUUGAAACAGAACCGCUUGGGGACAAAAAGCACAAAUAAGUUGCGGUCUCUCGCGUGAAGAUAUGGCGACCCAAACCCCAAGCCGCGCUGCCGCCGAAUCUAGCCGGGCGACUGCUGCCUCGACGCCGCUCUCCCCGACCCGCAUCUCCCGCUUACAGGAGAAAGAGGACCUGCGGCACCUGAACGACAGACUGGCCGUGUAUAUCGAUCGCGUCCGGUCUUUGGAACUGGAGAACGACAGGCUCUCGCUGAAGGUCUCGGAGAAGGAGGAGGUCACAACCAGAGAGGUGACCGGGAUUAAAUCUCUGUAUGAGGCAGAACUGGCGGAUGCCAGACGUGUCCUUGAUGAGACUGCAAGAGAGAGAGCAAAACUCCAGAUCGAUCUGGGCAAGGUCAACUCUGAGCUAGAGGAGGUCACGAAGAGCUUUAAGAAGAGGGAUGGUGACCUGGCUUUAGCUCAGGCCCGUAUCAAGGAGCUGGAGUCUCAGUAUAACCAGAGCGAAGCAUCACUCGCUACAGCUCUCAGUGAGAACACAGCUCUCUGUGCAGAGAUCACUGACCUGAAGAACCAGCUCGCUAAGGCUGAGGAUGCUCAUGCUGUUGCUAAAAAGCAGCUGGAGACCGAAACACUGAUCCGAGUGGAUGUGGAGAACCGCUGUCAAAGCCUGUCUGAGGAACUUGAGUUUAGGAAGAGCAUGUUCGAGGAAGAGGUGCGUGGGACGAGGAAGCGCCAUGAGAAGCGGAUGGUGGAGGUGGACAGUGGAGGUAAGAUGGAGUAUGAAUACAAACUGGCCCAGGCUCUGCAAGACCUACGCAAGGAACAUGAGGAGCAGGUCAACUUCUACAAGACUGAGCUUGAGCAAACCUUCCAGGCCAAGCUGGAGAAUGCCAAGGUGUCCUCUGACGUCAAUGAUAAGGCAGUGAACACAGCACGGGAAGAGCUGCAGGAGGCUCGUGUCCGUAUCGAGGGACUGACUUAUCAGCUCUCUGCACUCCAGAAACAGGCAGCAGCAGCAGAGGAGCGCAUGCGUGAGCUGGAGGACAUGCUGAACAGCGAGCGUGAUAAACACCGCAGAAUAGUGGAUGGCAAGGAUCGGGAGAUGGCCGAGAUGAGGGACCGCAUGCAGAUGCAGCUCAACGAGUACCAAGAGCUGCUGGAUGUAAAGCUGGCCUUGGACAUGGAGAUCCAUGCCUACAGGAAGCUGCUGGAGGGAGAGGAGGACAGGCUGAAGCUGUCCCCCAGCCCCCCCUCUCGGGUCACCCGAAGUGUGGUCGCUAGCAGCAGCUCCUCCCGCUCCUCCCGUGCUAAGAGGAAGCGUGUGGAGGUGGAAGACGAGACGGCGAGCGCUCCCAGUUUUCGUGUCAGCCAGCAAGCUGAGGCAACAGGCUCAAUCAGUAUUGAGGAGCUUGACCUCGAGGGCAAGAGUGUUACCCUCAAAAAUAACUCCAAUAAGGAUCAGUCUCUGGGUAGUUGGAGGCUAAAGAGGCGAGUUGGAGAGGGAGAUGAGAGAGCCUACAAAUUCAGCCCUAAGUUUGUCCUUAAAGCAGGACAGACUGUUACAGUGUGGGCUGCAGAUGCGGGCGUGGCUCACAGUCCUCCCUCAGACUUGUUGUGGAAGAGUCAGAGCAACUGGGGCAGUGGAGAUGAAACAGUUACUCUGCUGGUCAAUUCAGAUGGAGAGGAGGUGGCAAAGCGAAUGGUCACCAAAAGUGUGGUAGAGAUGGAGAAUGGAGAUGAUGAGAAUGGAGAUUUUGGAAAUGAAGAUCUUUUUCACCAGCAGGGAGAUCCGAAGACCCGAUCCAGAGAAUGUGCCGUCAUGUGAGGAAGCUUCAUUCACCCCAGUAUUUUCCCCUGAUUGUUCCCUCAGAGCCACUAAUUUUCAUAUUCUUCAAUCACAAAUCCUUAAAAUAGUUCCCUCCCUUACUGCCAGAGUGUUGCUGGCAUACAGUUUUUACAGACCUCGUUUUUUAAAGCCAGAUAACCAUGAACUGUGUAUCAAAGAAUGUUGUUGUUUUUUAAAUUGCAGUCUAAAAUGUUUUUCUUUUUAUCUUUUUGAUAAGCAUCAAAUGGAAGUUGGACAGCUUCCAAAUACAUGCCUCACCUCCCCAUAAUAGAGGUCUUCACAAUAUAACAGCAGGACAUGACUUGAUGUAUUAAAAAAAAAAAAAAUAGAAGUGUAGUAGAAGGUAAAAGAUCCUGCAUGGUGAUACAGUAAUGUGUGUCACCAGAUGGUUUGUUAGGUAGGAUGAGAAAUGUUUUGAGACGCUUCGCUUCAUCAUGCAGUUUACUCUGUUGAAACUGACAGCUGCUGCUUAGCUUGUGUAUUUUUCGUUUACUGCAUCGUUGUAUGGAUAAACAGGGUGGAAAAGGAAUGAUGGGAGAUUCACAGAAAUGAUGACUAAACACCAUUUUGGUGGGGUUUUUUUCUUUCUUAAAUAAUGAUGAGCAAAAUCAUGUGACACUGAUCAUUGAAAGUGAAUAAUUGAAACUUUUGGGCAUUUUAGGGAUCUCCAUAGUCUAAUAGGGUGUUUAGUUUUGGUGGAGGUUUUUUUAUCAUGUAACUGGGUACCUGGCUUCUUUUUUUCCUAAGCAUCCUCUGAAAUCAUGCAAACUAAUCCGCUUUUGUGCUGCAGAGAUUGGGAAUCUCAGUAGGACUGGGCUUCAGGGACUGAUUAGAGCAGAUAAAAGAUGUUACGAUUCAUGACAUCACAGCUGAAACUGAGCUGAUGGGUGAGAAGUGUUCAGAAAGUUCUGAAUUGAUAUUAAUAUUGAGCUGAAUCUUGAUUAUAACAUCCAGACCACACAUUUUAAUUAUAAUGCACUCCAGUUUACAGUGAUUUUCAAGCAAACAUUUACGUUUAUUCACUUAGCAGACGCUUUUAUCCAAAGCGACUUACAAAUGAACAAACGUUUACAUAUGGAAUCUGAUACAGCAGGGUAUGCUGUUAUGAGAAAAUGAUCAAUGAUCUGUUACCAUCCUGAAUUGAUUUUCCUAAAACAGCACACCCUUAAGUGCUUUAUUCCUCUUAAACCAAAGCCACAAAGUGUAAACUCCUCUGGCCCAUGGUGGAAAACUGACUUUUACAAAGUAUUGACAAUGGAGACUCCUUCCAUAGAUGUUAAAUGAAACAUCUUACAGUAAACAAAGUCAGUGAUUUGUUUUUUAAUUGUAAAUUCAUGGAGUGUCCACCAUACAAAUCCCUGUGUAAUUUGUGACCAGAGAAAACUACCAGAGCUGCUGCUAGAGAAAGUAAAUUGACACCGUCUGACCAGUCAGAUUUGAUCAGUCAAAACCCAUGUAGUAUAAUGCAAAAAUUCUUUCCCUAAGAUGUUAUGAAAUCUGCCAAACAGUUUUUAAGCGAUGGUUAGAUUUUUAUGUCAUUGCUUAAGGUAUAGUUCAGAUUUUAAGCCACUGCCAAAUAUUAAAUGUUGGUACUUUUCCACCCUGUUCAUUCAAAUGCAGCUGUUAUACAUUAUGAUUUGUAAAAGCUCUGUUAUAUAUAAUUUUUUACAUUAUUGUAAAUGUUAAAAUGAGGUUUUUCAAACAAUUAGGACACCUGUUAAUAUUUUUCUACAGUUUUAAUCCAAGGGUAUGGGGCUGCAAAUAAACCAACCGCUCUCAGCACCAGCUGUUGUGCACUGGCAACAUUGAGGGAGGCUGAAAUUAGCCAAAUGUCCACCAGCAGCAAAUUUUUUAAAAAUUGUCAUUUUUAUGGGUGCAACAGAUCGCAGAUGAUCCACGAUCCAUAUGGAUCACGACCCACGGUUCGGCACACACGAGACCUGCGGAUUAAUUGCGCAGAUUAAUCCUAAUUGUAUAACGACCGCAGAGCAAAGGACCGUUUUACUACCUAUGCUUUUUAAGUAAUUUCUUUCUUAAAACUCGAUGCCGAGUUGCAGUGAAACUAUACAGAGCAGUCACGUGUUCACGUGAACGUGGCAGGUUAAUCAGUCAGCAAUGGCUAGUGGAGGAGCAGAAGAACUUGAAAAGCCUCCUGGAUCAUUCAAAUCGCAUGUACAGGAGCAUUUUGACUUCCCUGUAAAACAGAAUGAUUACUAAAGAAGGGUGGUGGACAAAACUGUUAUAGUAUGUAGGCACUGUGGCAUGAGAGAGCCAUAUUAAAGUGGCAAUACAUCGAGUAUGGCCACACAUCUGAAGUGACAUCACCCUGGUGUGCCAAUGACAGGAUUCAAAACACAGCAGCUUCUCACCACUGCACUUAAGCAGCCCUUUACAGCAGAAUCAGACCUUUAUGAACAGGAAAAAAUCAAAAUGAUCGCGGACUUAUCUGAUGCAUUCUCUAUUGCGAUCACCACAGACAGGUGGAUAUCAAGGGCUACAGAAAGCUACGUAACUGUGACUGCUCACUACAUCACAGUAGAGUGGGAGAUUUGAAGUCUGGUGCUACAGACAUGCCCCUUCUAUGAGAGUGACACAAGCACAACUCUAGCGCAGGUACUGAUAGAAGUAACAGAGUGGAAGUUAAAGAGGCACAAUAUAUGUAGCAAUAUACCAGUGACUACAGAUAAUGCCAAGAGCCAAGUAAUGCAGUGAUAGAAGCUGGACUGGGACCACAGAUCGCUUGCUUUGCACAUGUGAUAAAUUUAGCAUCCCAAAGGGGAAUCUCCGUGAACUAGAUGGACUGCAUGUGCUUAAGACCAAGCAAGAAAUACUACAAUUACCAGCCCACAAGCUCAUACAUGAUGUCACAACAAGAUGGAAAUCCACUUAUGGCACGUUGGAGCACUAUCUGGAGCAGCAGGCAGCUAUGUACUCUGCACUGACAGAGAAGACACUGGAAAAAAAAUUUCAGAGACAUUAUCACCUUGUCUGCUGAUGAUGUGAAAGUGGCAGAGGAGGUCCUGCAGCUGCUGAAACCUCUCAAAACAGUCACAACCCUAUUGAGCACUGAAAAUGCACUCUCUGUGUCCAUAACCUCUGAAAACCAGGAUUCUACAAUCCAUGGCUGCAAAUGAGGAGGACAGCACCAUUACUAGAGAUGUCAAAGCUGCCAUUAGAGGCAGAAAUGUAAUUUUUUAUUUUUUUGCUGAUCCGCUCCGUGACACAAAAACCAUCAUGUGAUCCGAACCGUGAGAUUUGUGGUCCGUUGCACCUCUAGUCAUUUUAGAAGUUUCCCAGGACAGUUAUAACCCUCUGAAUUCAUCCCCUGUGCACAGGAGGGGAAUCCCAGCGGUGCUGAGGUGGACUUCAUAUGCAUUUGAAUGCAAGAUGAAUUAUUAAACAUGGCGUAAACUAUUAGCUGCAGGUGAUAUCAGAUGCAACCUUUUAUCAUUCUAAUAUUGGCCAGGGGAGCUGGUUUUAUUAUUAUCAUUAGGCUGCUCAGUAGAGCACUUUGCAUAUUGGAUCAUUUUAAUGGGAGUUUGGAAAUCAGGUUUACAUUUUUAUUUUACAAUGUGUAUUUUCCUUUUAAAUUGAAUACGUGAUCAUGAGCUAAGAUCACUGAUUUAACUCACUGUACAGAUUUCAUUAGGAUGAGUGAACAUGUAUGCAUUUGCUGCAGGUCCUCUGAACUAAUAAAAUCAUCACUUUUUAAGGUUUUUUUUUUUUUUUUUUUUUUUUUUUUUUUUUU